AUGUCCAGAGCUCUUAUGACCUCGAAUAUUGCGUUUGCCCACAAGAUUGGGGAGAUUCCUUUCAUCGCGCACGAACUGUGCAAAGAGAAGAGCCACGGAAACUCCUGCGACUUCCGGAGAUCUGCGUCGGAUGCUAAGCAGGAUUUCCCCAAUGUGGACUUCUCCCUAGUGGCUGAGGAGGACCCGCUCCUAGCGACCCUGCACCAUGAAAGCGACAUGGAAGUUGCCCAGCGAGCCUAUGACUUCAUGCUCUGGCUUCGCAACCGCACAGAGACAGAGAUUGUGGUAUCCACCCAUUCUGCUUGGCUCUUCAGCCUCUUCAACGCAGUUCUUAAGUGCGAUGACCCUGAGCUGUCCGAGUGGUUCCAAAACGGCGAGAUGCGAAGUGUGGCGGUCGACUUCGAGUGA